AUGAAAGCCCCCGGCAUAUCGACGGGCGGUGGCACGCUUCGUCGCAAACCAAAGUUGUCUCGCGAUCUGAUAAGCCAGCAAUUUGCUGUACCCUACGCCACCGACAAUCCCAACUAUUCCCAGCUCGAAUGGAAACCGUGCGAUACACGCUUCGUUCUCUGGUUCCACCUCACCACGAAUCUCCAGUUCGAGAGCAUCGCCAUUGCUUUCAACUCCACAUACCCGGAUAGCACCAUCCAAAUGACAGGCGAGGAUGUCUUGAGCAUAGUCGAGGUGCUGCAAGAGCGAUUUCCGCUCAUUUGGGAUCAAUUGACGCCCAAUGGACACUGGAACAAGCCGACGGAACGGGGAUGGACGCCGUGUGAUCAUGGAAUGUAUUGUACCAAGAUGGCAGCUUUGGAACGAAAGGCCUCCGUCAACAGGAAUUUCAAGACCAGGACAAGAUAUGAGCGAGAACUUGCCGAGAUGGCAACCACCUUAUGGCAGGGCACCUGGCAGGAGCUACUGACGUGCCCCAGGGUGCAUGACAUGGGCUUCAAAUCAUCGGCUAGAAUCAGCGCUGAUUCGGGAUCAACUAAACUGUCGGGCUCGAGCAAAGAAAAUCACAGCGCCGCCGACUUCGAUGCCAGCAACACGUUGGUGGCGAGGGUCGAUUCGCAAGGGUUGCCCGUCCUUCCCCGGGGUCUUUCAUCUGGACCGUCUUUGUCAGACAGCUCGGUCCCCGCCAAAUCAAAGGCAUCUUCAUCGCCACAUAUUUGGAUUGACUCAUCGGCGCGAACCUCACGUUCACCAAGGAAGAAGUCGGCUCUUUCCUCCGGAAGUUCGCGUCCAUCUGGUGACAAGGUGAUGCCGUCCGUUGAGGAGGCAGAUCCAGACCAAGUCUGGGUUGACACGUCCGUUCGAGGGUCACGGUCAUCUGCUAGGAGUUCAUCCGGGAGAAGAUCGGCAAUAUCUGCUGCGAGAUCACGCGCCUCUGCCGAGAAAGUGGCCCUGGCCACAGAAGAAUCAGGCUCUGUUGGAGCAUCAAGUUACCGUUCCGCCAAGUCACAUCUGUCAGGCACAAGCACGCGAGCGCCGAGCAGAAGAUCCCGUACAUCAUCCACAAGACCGCGUGCGGAGGACGCAGGCAUUGAUGAAUCUGACCAACUGCCUCAGACCCGGUUUCAACAGCUGUUGAUGUCCACGGGGGGGACAGGCAGCAUUUGGUACAUCCUUCAGAAGACAGUCGUCAACAUCACCUGGGUGUCUGCAUUGAAUCCUAUCUGGAGGCUCAUCAUGCAUGAUCUCGAAGACCCGGCCUCGGAGCCUCCAAUCAUCAGGCCAGCUCUACUAUUCUUGUUUGUCUGCGCGUAUUUGGGCGCGAAUCUUCUCAUAAAAAGGUCACUUGUGUUCAUGCAGCAAAUGAUCUUUCGUUGGUGGGGUUUAGCGUUCAAUCCGCCCGAAGCAGCCGAUUUGUCACAUACCAGAUACAUGACCCUUUGGAUAUCAGCACAGUGCCUGUCGAUGGGCAUUUUUUUCGCCUGUGGUCUGCUGGACCCUGUCCUGCAGCUGGUGCAGACAUCUGCAGUUCAUUUCGAGACGGGAAGGGAUCUGUCCCGGGGAUGA